GGAGGGUCCUGCUGAGGGAGGUGCAGGCGCUCACUCUCCACAGAGACGCGUACACGACAUCCCGGCGGACACCUGCGGUCCCGCAGCUACAGUGCACGGGCGGCACUGCUGGAUGCUCCCGUGUCCCCGAGGUUGUUCAGUGUUACAACAAAGGCUGGGAUGGCUUCGAUGUACAGUGGCAGUGCAAAGCAGACUUGGAAAAUACGUACCGUUUUGGACGGAUGGAAGUGAGCUGUGAAGGCUUCGAUUAUCCAGAUGAUCCUUACAUCUUAAGAGGCUCCUGUAGUUUACUGUUCCGGCUGGAGCUGACCGAGGAAGCCCAAAGGAAAGUGAAGAACUAUGGAAGCUUUGGCCCUGGCUAUUAUCAGUCAGGGGGGGAUUUUUCCGAUGCUGGUGCUGGAGCAAUUGUUAUAAUUGUUCUUUUGGUUCUUGCUUUUGGAGUAUACAAGCUCUGCCUUAGUAGUGAGCAGCCUCAGCAGAGUUUUGGUGACGGUGAUGGAUCCACGAGACCUUCCUGGCAGAGUCAGCAGGCACCUCCUCCUCCUGGUUUUAAGUCCAGCUUCACAGGUUUCAACAGCAAUGAGACUUAUUCCAAUUAUGGAACCAAUUCAGGACCAGGAUUUUGGACUGGAUUAGGAGCAGGAGGUUUGCUAGGCUACCUGGCUGGCAGUCACAGAGCACGGCCACGUUCCCCAUAUUGCAGCAUGUGGACAGAGCCCACAGCUGCAUGUCCAAUGAAUGGGCAGCCAAGCAAUUCCACACAAGGUAGCAGUUCAGGAACAAGAACUGCUUCUGGCUUUGGGGGCACAAAACGAAGAUGA